AUGCCUCCCCAUGUUCCACGGAAGAGGUUGCGUGGCGAGUCAUCCAAGCCAUCCGAAUCGAGCCCUGCGCAACCUGAGAGCGCAGCUAGUUCGAAGCUGACACCCCGAAAGCGUACACUCUUUGAUGAUCUAGAUGCCGCAGGGACCCCGGACAAUUCCUUUCCAGAUAUUUUACACGCGGAAGGCAGUAGUGAUGAGAGCGAAUCCGAUCUGACAUCUUUAUCCGACGUUGAUUUCGAAGAUGUUCCCGCACCGAAGCGACAAAAGACGGGCGAGUCCGAGGGCGAUGAUGACGACGACGAUGACGAGGAUAUAGAAUUUGAAGAUGUCGCGGUACCAGUUGCGCCUGUUCCCGUGCCUUCCGGCGACCUAGAGUUGACCCUACGACGAGACAACCGGAUAUCUCUAACAGCUGCAUUUGGGAAGAAAGGCCCUUCCAAGAUCGAGAGGAAGGUUCGGAUUGCGACCCACAGUGUCCAUGUACUCUUUUUACUUUGGCAUAAUUCCAUUCGAAAUGCUUGGCUUUGCGAUGAGGAGCUUCAGGCGAUCAUGGUCUCGCAUAUUCCUCCGAGGUUAUGGGAUGAAAUCGAUCGAUGGAGACGUAACAGUGGUCUGGAGAAGAAACCGCCGGAACGCAGAAGUGCGCGAAAAGGCGACCCGAAAGGCAAUGGGAAUGCGAGGGAUUGGGGCUCCGCGGCGAAGAAAUUGGAAGAGGGCGUCCCUAACAUGAGCCACGGAGACCCUCUUUUUCGGCUUAUGCAGUCUCUUAUCGGUUGGUGGAAACAGCGCUUUCGAGUCACCGCACCGGGCAUUCGUAAAUGGGGUUACAUGUCCCUGGAACGAUUAGACCGGCUUACAAAAGAGCACCAUGCUGAUCCAAGGAAUGCCGUCAAAUUCGGAGAGCACUUUGAGAAUCUCGAGGCCUUUCGUCUCAGUGCGCAAAAAUGUGAGGGUAGUCGCGAUGUGGGGGCUCAGCUCUUCACUGCGCUUCUGCGUGGUUUAGGAAUGGAUGCUAGGAUGGUUGCCAAUUUGCAGCCCUUAGGUUUCGGGUGGAAUAAGAUGGAAGAGGCAGAUCCUGAAAAGGAGACUCAUACGGCAGGGUACGGCCCUCCUAAUGCCUCAAAUAUCUCAGCCGACCCAACCGCCGAUUCUGUCCCCCGCCGUCCUGGCCGGCCUGGACGUGCCCAAAAGAGUGCCAAGAGUCGACGAACCUCUGUCGAAGGAGAGUCCACAUCAGACUUGUCCGACAGUGAUGACAGUUCAGUUGUGGAGAUGUCCCAUAUUGCCAAGCAAAAUUCAGCACGGUCCUAUGAUAAGGACCUAGACUUCCCCCAUUAUUGGACGGAAGUGCGCUCCCCGAUCACAGACAAAUACAUACCCGUUGAUGCUCUUGUGAAGAAGCUCGUGGGUACGAAUAGGGAGCUUAUAGAAUCUCUCGAACCCCGCGGCGGCAAGGCUGAGAAGAAACGACAAGUAAUGGCGUAUGUCGUGGGAUUCUCACGAGACGGCACCGCGAAGGAUGUCACGAUUCGAUAUCUGAAACGACAGAUGCUCCCAGGGAAAACCAAAGGGGUUCGGAUGCCCGUCAAGAAAUUACCCGUUCACAACAGGCACGGCAAAAUCAAGCGAUAUGAUGAGUAUGACUGGUUUAGGCGUGUCAUGACGGGUUAUACGCGUGGCGGCCCAAAGCACCCCUUGACGGAAGCAGACCAAAAUGAAGAUAUGACCGACCUGAGACCGGCCAAAGUUGAGAGGAGGGAGGUCAAGGAGGGUGAGGAAACACUACAGUACUACAAGACAUCCCAAGAAUACGUCCUUGAAAGGCAUCUCAAGAGAGAAGAAGCGCUUCAACCUGACGCGCGGCCAGUCAGGACGUUCAAAUCGAAGUCGAAGGGUACAGCUACGGAAGAACCCGUCUACCUUAGGGCUGAUGUUGUCCAGGUAAAAAGCGCAGAGACUUGGCACAAGCAAGGACGUGCCCCGAUUCCUGGUGAGAGACCUCUCAAGCGAGUGCCUUAUAGAGCGGCAACGAUCAAUAGACAGAGGGAAUUGGCGGAAGCAGAAGCUGCGACCGGGCAAAAGGUGCUACAGGGGCUAUUCAGUCUCCAACAGACCGAUUGGAUUAUCCCGCCGCCCAUAAAGGACGGGAUAAUCCCGAAGAACGAAUACGGGAACAUCGAUCUCUUCGUAGAGCACAUGUGCCCAGAAGGCGCAGUGCAUGUCCCGUACCGAGGCGCCGUCAGGGUAUGCAAGAGGCUGCAGGUUGACUUUGCUGAAGCCGUUAUCGACUUUGAAUUCGGCCAUCGAAUGGCUGUCCCUGUCAUCCAAGGCGUUGUCAUUCCGGAGGAACACUACGACAAAGUAAUGGAAGAGCUACAAAAAGAUGAAGCGGAACGUGCAAGGAAAGAAGACGAGAAGCGAAAGAAGGCGGCGCUAGGGAUGUGGCGAAAGCUGCUGAUGGGCAUGCGCAUCGCGCAGCGGAUCCAGGAUGAAUACGGCGAGAUAGACGAGUCGGUACAGGUCUUUGGACACUACAAAGACAGCUUUGGCGCUGCCAAGGAGCGGGCCGAAAACCUACUGGAUGCCGAGGCAUCGAUGGGGGGCGGGUUCCUCCCGGCCGGAUUUGAGGAAGACGUGGAUGAUGAGGACGAUAAUGACAGGGUGACCGGCCACACGUCUAGCUUCUUUCCGGUCGUGGAUGAAGACGACGAAGGGGAGGACCCUUUGGUUGUGCAGGACGAUCGCCAAGAUAACGACGGGCGAAUAAAGGCGGAUAUACCUGACGUCUUGGAGAGGCCGAGUAUAGUGCCGGAGGCUAUGACCGCAAGGCCAGGCACAGAGACAAAAUUUAAAAAGAGGUCUCACGCCAAGAAGACUCUGACGCCUACUACGCAAACUAGGAGACAGCCGUCACGUCGUGUGAAGGAGGUGGCGGCCGAGGUCAAGGAUCAGGGACCGGAGAAUAUCGAUGAGGAUUCGGAAGCUAGCGAGAUAGAUGACGCUGGCGAAGAUGACUGGGCGUAG